AUGGCCUACAAGAGGAGCCAUUACCACCCCACACGCCUCAGCAGUAACGAGGAGGAUGAAGACACGGUGUAUUUUACACCCUUGGGCGCAGCCAAAGAAGUCGGUCGCUCCUGUUUAAUCCUCCGCUACAAAGGGAGGACCAUCAUGUUGGACUGCGGCAUCCACCCAGGCCGCACUGGCGACGACGCCCUCCCUUUCUUUGACAGCGGUCCUGACGCGGAAGAAAUCGACAUCAUCCUCAUCUCGCACUUUCACUUGGACCAUGCUGCGUCAUUGCCAUAUUUCACGGAGAAGGUCCAAGGUGGGGCGUUUAAGGGCAGGAUCUUUGCCACGCAUCCGACUAAAGCCAUUAUGAGGCUGAUGCUCCAGAACCACAUCCGGACGGACUCGGUUCGUUUAGCUGCCGAUGGGACCAGUGCAGACGAGGGGGCGGAGGCGCCCUUGUACACGGAGGAGGAGCUGCAGGCGUGCUUGGAUAAAAUCGAGGUGAUCGACUUCCAACAGGUGCGAGAUGAAAGGAGAGAGGGAGGUGGGAGGUUGGGAGGGUAG